AUGUCCCAAGUUCCAAAUUUUCCAUUAACGUCCAUCGAGCAGCAGCUGAAAACACAUGCCAUUUUAUGCACGACUGGAUAUUUAAUUUUGCUUCCCAUUGGUGUGUUGGUGCCUCGCUUCACCAGGACCUAUACGAAUAGAUGGUUUCCUGUUCACUUGGCCAUUCAGCUAUGCAUCUCCGCUCCUGUCAUUUUUGCAGGGUGGGCUCUUGGCCACAAGUCCGCUGGCCAGCUUGGACUUUCGCAUUUUACGGAUACCCAUCAAAAAGUUGCGCUUGCGUUGUUGGUACUUUAUAUCGUACAGCUGGGAUUGGGGAUGAGUAUCCACUGGGUGAAACCUCGUUGGUUUUACGGAAGACCGCCCCAGAACUACGUGCACGCUGUUCUUGGACUUGUUAUUCUGGUGCUGGCUGCGUAUCAAGUCCAUUACGGACUGUAUACUGAAUGGACCUUUGCUACUGGUGGAUUGCAUGCAGUUCCGAAUUCUGCCAAGCAUGCAUGGCUCGCUCUAGUUGUGGUUCGUUUACUACAACGAAAAUAA